CACACGCGCACAGAGUACUCGCGCUGUGGAAAUUACCCAAUUCGCGGUCUACAAGAAAAAGAAAAAAAAGGGAGGAAAAAUGAAAGCAUGUUUGAGGGGCCGUUGAAUAGCGCAUGCACUUCCUCUGGCACCGUACGACGAAGCGUUUUGAACCACCGUUUACCGCCGAGAAAUAGGGGAGGAGACGAUUGAGGGGCUGAUCGGAGAGUAUUCGUUGGAAGAGACUCGUCGUUUGAGUUCCGAUCGGGCCGAAGAUGAGUGGAUGGAAUCGGUCCUCGAGAGGAGCGAGGCUGGGCGGUGGUCGCAAUUCGAGUUUGCCGCCCGGGAGCACGUCGACGGUUCGACUCGGAAGAGUCCAGCCACAGGCGCCGGGUCACCGCACGAUUUUCUGCAACGAUCGCGAGCAUAACAUUCCCGUCAGAUUCCCGGGGAAUUCUAUAUCGACUACAAAGUACAACUUCAUUACAUUUUUGCCGAAAGGACUCUUUGAACAGUUCAGGCGGGUAGCUAACCUCUACUUUCUGACGAUCUCAAUUCUAUCAACAACGCCAAUCAGUCCUGUGCAUCCUGUAACCAAUGUGGUCCCUCUGAGUUUGGUGCUUUUUGUUUCUCUUGUUAAGGAAGCAUUUGAGGAUUGGAAGCGCUUCCAGAAUGAUAUGACCAUAAAUAAUGCUUCUGUUGAUGUCUUGCAAGAUCAGAAAUGGGAAAGUAUUCCCUGGAAAAAGUUGCAGGUUGGAGAUAUUGUCAGGAUUAAGCAGAACGGAUAUUUCCCUGCAGAUCUGCUUUUUCUUGCUGGUACAAACCCAGAUGGUGUCUGCUACAUUGAGACUGCAAAUUUGGAUGGGGAAACUAAUUUGAAGAUCAGAAAAGCAUUAGAAAAGACUUGGGAUUACUCGACUCCUGACAAAGCAUCUGAAUUCAAAGGAGAAGUGCAGUGUGAACAACCUAACAAUUCAUUGUACACCUACACUGGAAAUCUCAUUAUUGACAAGCAGACAUUACCUCUAUCUCCAAACCAAAUUCUGCUGCGAGGUUGCAGUCUCAGGAAUACUGAGUACAUUGUUGCGACUGUUAUAUUUACAGGUCAUGAAACCAAGGUUAUGAUGAAUGCCAUGAAUGUUCCUUCGAAAAGAAGUACACUGGAGAGGAAACUUGACAAACUUAUACUCGCGCUUUUUGCUUUUCUCUUUAUGUUGUGUUUGAUUGGAGCUAUCGGCAGUGGUGUAUUCAUCAACCGCAAGUACUACUACUUAGGUCUCUGGGGAAAAAAGAGCGGCGACUCAGCAAUUGCAUACAGCUCGUUUGACCCUAAUAACCGUUUUCUGGUUAUCAUUCUGACGAUGUUUACCCUCAUUACUCUGUACUCAACAAUAAUCCCUAUUUCUCUUUAUGUUUCCAUUGAGAUGAUCAAAUUUAUCCAGUCUACCCAAUAUAUCAAUAAUGACUUGCGUAUGUACCAUGUCGAAAGCAAUACCCCUGCCUUGGCUAGGACGUCAAAUUUGAAUGAAGAACUUGGACAGGUGGAAUACAUUUUUUCUGAUAAAACUGGAACCCUAACAAGAAACUUGAUGGAGUUCUUUAAGUGUUCAAUUGGAGGGGAGGUCUAUGGAACUGGUAUCACUGAAAUUGAAAGGGGAAUAGCAGAGCGGAAUGGUAUAAACUUGUUGAGGGUUACAAUUCAGGCAACGCAGCCCAUGAGAAGGGAUUCAACUUUGAUGAUCCUAAGCUUAUGCGAGGAGGUUGGAGGAAUGAGCCUAAUCCUGAUCUUUGUAAGAUGCCUUGCUAUAUGUCACACAGUGCUUCCUGAGGGUGAAGAGUCCCCAGAAAAAAUCACAUAUCAAGCUGCAUCCCCUGAUGAGUCUGCUUUGGUAAUUGCUGCAAAGAACUUUGGCUUCUUCUUUCACAGAAGUGCCUUGAGAGAGCUGUUAUCAAUUAGUCCAGCUUAUUUAAGGUUGAUAUCUUCCUUUUUUCUCAGACGUACACCGACGACGAUAUAUAUUCGUGAAUCUCACACUGAGAAAAUCGGUACAGUUCAAGGUGUGUCUUACGAGAUUCUCAAUGUGCUUGAAUUUAAUAGUACAAGGAAGCGUCAGUCUGUUGUAUGCCGUUACACAGAUGGCAGGCUUGUUUUGUACUGCAAGGGUGCUGAUAAUGUAAUCUACGAGAGAUUGGCUGAUGGACAAGAUGAUUUGAAAAAAGUAUCUAGGGAACACUUGGAAUUAUUUGGAUCUGCUGGAUUACGUACUCUUUGCUUGGCCUGUAGAGAUUUAAGUCCUGAUACAUAUGAAAGCUGGAAUGAGAAAUUUAUUCAGGCUAAAUCCUCACUACGGGACCGUGAAAAGAAGUUGGAUGAGGUGGCAGAAAUUAUAGAGAAAGAUCUCAUUUUGAUUGGAUGCACUGCCAUCGAAGAUAAGCUUCAAGAAGGAGUCCCAAAUUGCAUAGAGACUCUAUCAAGAGCUGGUAUUAAGAUUUGGGUGCUAACAGGGGACAAGAUGGAAACUGCAAUAAAUAUAGCUUAUGCAUGUAAUUUGAUCAACAAUGAAAUGAAACAGUUUAUUAUCAGUUCAGAAACUGAUGUGAUUAGGGAAGUUGAGGACAGGGGAGACCAAAUGGAAAUUGCACGUGUCAUUAAAGAAGAAGUCAAAAAAGACCUAAAAAGGUGCCUCGAGGAAGCGCAAAACUAUCUUCACAGUGUGUCUGCACCAAAACUAGCACUUGUAAUAGAUGGGAAGUGCUUGAUGUAUGCCUUAGACCCCAGUCUACGAGUGACGCUACUCAACUUGAGCUUGAAUUGUAACUCAGUUGUUUGCUGUCGAGUUUCUCCUUUGCAGAAAGCACAGGUGACAAGUAUGGUAAAAAAGGGUGCAAAGAAGAUAACACUGAGCAUUGGUGAUGGUGCCAAUGAUGUGAGCAUGAUCCAAGCUGCUCAUGUUGGCGUUGGAAUAAGUGGGCAAGAAGGAAUGCAAGCAGUGAUGGCUAGUGAUUUUGCUAUUGCCCAGUUCCGCUUUCUUACUGAUUUAUUGCUUGUGCAUGGACGGUGGUCAUAUAUUAGAUUAUGCAAGGUUGUUACAUACUUCUUUUACAAGAAUCUUACAUUCACGUUGACUCAAUUUUGGUUCACCUUUCAAACUGGAUUUUCUGGUCAAAGAUUCUACGAUGAUUGGUUUCAGUCAUUGUAUAAUGUCAUAUUCACAGCCUUGCCUGUAAUCAUCGUUGGGCUUUUUGACAAGGAUGUCAGUGCAGCCCUCUCCAAGAAGUACCCUGAACUAUACAGGGAGGGAAUAAGAAAUGCCUUUUUCAAAUGGAGGGUUGUGGCAAUAUGGGCUUUCUUCUCCGUUUACCAAUCUUUAAUCUUCUAUUAUUUUGUAACUUCCUCAAGUGAUCGUGGUCAAAAUUCAUCCGGAAAGAUGUUUGGACUUUGGGAUGUCAGCACAAUGGCCUUUACUUGUGUUGUAGUGACCGUCAACUUUCGUUUGCUUAUGAUGUGCAAUUCAAUCACAAGGUGGCAUUAUAUUAGUGUUGGAGGAAGCCUCGCAGCAUGGUUUAUAUUCAUCUUCAUAUAUUGUAUCAUAGACCAGAAGAGAAAUCUUUAUUACGUCAUAUAUGUCCUGAUGAGUACCUUCUAUUUCUACCUGACACUUCUUCUAGUCCCAGUUUUUGCACUUUUUGGCGACUUCGUUUACCAAGGGAUCCAGAGAUGGUUCUUUCCUUUCGAUUAUCAGAUAAUUCAGGAAAUUCACAGGCAUGAGCCCGAAGGUAGAAGCAGGGAUGAUUUACUGGAAAUCGGAAACCAGCUCACCCCAGCUGAGGCCAGGAGCUUUGCCGUAGCGCAACUCCCUCGGGAGGUAUCAAAACACACAGGGUUUGCUUUUGACUCUCCUGGAUACGAAUCAUUUUUUGCUUCCCAGCUGGGAGUCCAUGCCCCUCAAAAAGCAUGGGAUGUCGCUCGGAGAGCCAGCUUGAAAAGAACAGCGAAAAAGAAAUAAACUGGAUUGAGAAGAUUCUUGUAUAAAUUAUCAUUUUGACGUUGAGGCGUAGGAAAAUUUGUAAUUAGCCCCGUGCCGUAUCACCCGUAGUUCUAGCUCUUUUGAUAUAUAUCCAGUAUCUGUUUUUACGUCUUCAGAAACUGUAGUGGUAUAUCCAGGUUGUACAUUUACAUGAUUUAAAUCAACUUAGUGAAGAGCAUUCUCUUCCAGUGUAAGAGAAACCACAUUUCGACCGUUUUUCGCUGUUGAUGACGAAGUGUUUUCUCGCUCGAGGUCGAGGUUGUAUAUUCGUCCCACAUUUUUGUGAUGUGAGCUGUAAGAAGCCCUAACUUAUAACUUCUGUCAAUUGAUUGCGAUAAUGUUCAAGGUUUUUGCCUCA